UCAGUAGCACCAGGCAGGCAACAGGUGGCAGUAUUUCUCAUCAUUUUCUGGUGUCGAGGAUAACACACAUGCUCAACCAACAACAUGAUGGUGCUAGAGAGGAAAGAGAGCAUCAAGAUGAGUAUGCUGACGAUCGAGGAGUGCGACUUACUGUCGGACUCCAAGUAUCGCAACUAUAUCAGCCAGGUGGAGAAGGCUCUGCGCAGCUUCGAGAACACCAGCGAGUGGGCCGACCUCAUCUCCGCACUCGCAAAACUGAACAAGGUCUUGUUGGCACACAUGAAGUACCCAGUUGUACCCAAGAAAGUGACAAUUGGUAAACGCCACGCUCAGUGCUUACACCCUGCCCUGCCAAGCGGUGUUCAUCUCAAGGCCCUGGAGACAUAUGACAUCAUCUUCAAAUGUAUAGGAACACAACGUCUGGCAGUGGACCUGUUCAUCUACAGUGCUGGCAUGUUCCCGCUGCUCAGCCAUGCUGCCAUGAGCGUAAAGCCAGUGUUGCUGACUGUGUAUGAGAAACACUUCGUGCCGCUCGGCAAGCACAUCAAGCCUGGACUCAAUGGCCUUCUACUGGGACUGUUGCCUGGCCUUGAGGAAGGGGCAGAGAACUAUGAACGGACUAAUGUGCUGUUGGAGGACUUCCGUGAUGCCGCAGUCCCCAGCUUCUUCUACACCUGUCUGUGGGAGUGCGUCCUGUCCUGCCCCAGUGUCAGACUCCCGGCCAUCACGUUCCUGGUGUCCCACUUCAACAAGAAGCAGACCAUGGAGGACCAGCUGGAAAUGAUGGGGCUGGAGAUAGACCUGAUGGUGAAGGCAAUCUGCGGUUCCCUGCAGGACACGAGUGUUCUGGUGCAGCGUAUCCUCCUGGACUUUCUGCUUCUAGCGUUCCCCAUGCACAACGCCCAGCUCACCAAGGAAGACAUGAGCAAGUUAGUCAAGUCAGCCAUCAACGUCGUUCUCCGACGCGACAUGUCACUCAACCGUCGACUGUAUGGGUGGUUAUUAGGAACUACCACCACCGGCACUACGGUGACAGUAACAGAGACCAACCGAAUACAUCGGUCAGACAGCACUUCUACAUCCAGUGAAAUGGAUCUAGGAUACUUUCACCAGUACUCAAAAGACCUGUUAGUGAAGGCUCUGAAGGGCAAGCUGACCAACACAAAUGGGUUUGACUUUCACACAGGCACAAGGACAUCUGUGUUGAAGCCAUUCAGGAUACUCAUCAGCUUGCUGGACAAACCAGAGAUCGGCCCAGUCAUCCUGGAAAGUGUUCUGUUGUCAGUGUUCCGAUGUCUACUCCGGGAGUGUAAAGGUGUUCCUGACACCAGCGCUCAGAGCGAUACUUCACGACCUCGGAAGAAUGGCAAAAGCAGCAAUGAAAGCACAGACAAAGAUGAUCAACUCAGCAGUGAAAUGAUCAAAACUGCUAACUUGCUGUUCGGAUCGUUUGAGCCCUACUUCAUAUGGGACUUUGUGUCCCGGUUGUUCACAAGUGCAUGUGAUACCACAAAGACAGCCCAGCGGGCCAGUGUAUCGUCUAGUCAUGAGGCAAAUGACUCUCCAUCUCUACUAGAACUGUGCAGCAUUGUGGAAUUUCUGCUGGAUAUUGUCUCUCUGGAGAUGUAUCUGGAGACGCAGACCGAAUACCUCCCUGAGCUGUUGCAUCACAUCAUCGCGUCUGUGACUGGCCAUGUGAACCACAUCACCGAGGCCGAGGUUACCGCCACCCUCAAACUCUGCACCAAGAUUCUGGAGAAGGUUCAGCCCUCCAUGACAACAGGUCUGGAAACUGCUGAAGGUGAAGACCCUGAGGUCAUGGUCGGGUCAGAGGUCACAAGAGAAGAAAUUGACCUUGCUGUUAGGAAGAGGCUUGAAGAGAAGGAACGAACUGAAAACAGUAAAACUGUCAGUAGUAAAGUGUCUGGUGAGAAAGACGGUACGAAAAAGGUAAAGAAAGGUGAUGAAAGUGUAAAAGAAGAGAAAGUAAAUAAAUUGGAAGACGAGAAGGAGGAUGAGAGUUAUUUCAGUGCCCUCAGUGACGUAGAUGGUGCUAACAGUCCACUGAAGACACCAGUAGAUCAAACUUGCUCCAAAACAAAAUCUCAUGCUGAGACUAAUGGGACGUCUAACAAAACUGACUCAAAACCAGACGGAACUGAAACAAAAAGCCAAGGCCAGGCCAAACCCACGAUGCCCGAGCUGAGGCGACAAGGAAGUGUAGCAAACCCCGUGACCUUGAUGCAGGCCUGCGUUCACAGCUUCCAGGAUUUCUUCCAUGUUUAUACCAGCAAGCGUGUGCUGAAGAGCUCAGCUGUGUCCUCAAAAUGUGUUGACAUCAUCACUUUGUCCCCAGAACUUGUCCGGUCCAGUGACAAGGACUCGGUGCUGGAUGGGAACUCUACGUGUAGUGGAGAUGACCGCCCCUAUGCUGAUGUGUCAGGGUUGAAGGUGUCUGCGGAGGGGUUGAUGGAGAAGAGUUUUGAGGCAUUUGGUCAGGCUUGUCGACUGUUGGUGGACUUCUCCAGCUUCCCAAUGUUCUGUACAGACUAUCAAAAGGUCAUGGACCAGACUUGUCACUCAGAGGACAGCAGUGCUCUUCCGGAAUGGCUACAGGACCUGAUCACAUGUGCUUGUUUUGUGGACUGCUUCGAGAUACAGAGUGCUGCCAUAGCAACCAUCUUGGAGCUCAUCACUCUCACCCAGUCUGUCCAAUCAGUGACGGAGAACAAGGGACAGGAGACACGUCAGCGGAUGUCUACCAGUGAGCGAGGGACAGUGUCCGUGGUGAUUCUGCCUUCACUUCUUCCAAGGCAUCUACAAUACAUCAAUAAUAAUAUGGUGUUCUACCAGACGGUUGCCCGUGAACUGUGGUCCUUCCUGAGCUCCAAAUUCAGCAUGCACCAUCUCCAGUGUGUGGAGCUGUUUCAUCAGCUGCACCAAGUGACCCCAAGCAGCUGGGUGUGUGAAGAUGUGAUCGGGACCGCACUCGUCUCCGACAAUGAGGUCAGCAGAUAUCACACUUACUUUAAGUUCACAGUCCUCUGGCAUCUUACCCGGGACUUAAAGAUUGAUCACAACCCUGGGCACCCAGUCCGGACAUUUGACAGAUCUAUGUUUGUGGUGCUUGAUUACUUGAAGGAAGAGUCGAACGCUACAAAGACUCUGGCAGCAACAUGGUUGACACACGUGGUGCAGCGUGGCGAUAUCAACAGGGUGCUGCAGCCGCUUCUGCUCAUGUUGCUGCACCCAGACACAGCCAGGAUCUCAAUCCAGCAUGUUAAUGUUCAUAAACCAAAGAAAGUCCAGCUGUCAGAAUCUGGUGAUGAAGAUGAUGUUAAUGCAAAAAUCUAUGCCAUCAGCAGCGAAGGCGGUAACGUCAUCUUCCAUGUGAGUCAGGAAGGGAACAGAUUCUCACAGAAGACGACUGAAGAUUUGAAAUCUGUAGCCCUCACCGUGAUGAGCGAGAAAGGGUCUGCCACAACAGCUCGAAGCAAGAACGUAGAGGUGGAUAAUGCAUUCGACCGAGUCAACCCAGAUGAUCUCAAUCUGAGGAUUAAUCCAUUUGGUUCCCAGAACUCGCUGGACAAGCUGAUAUUUGAUGGGUUCGAGAUGCCCCACUCAGCUUCCAUGCCCAAUCUGACAUCUGCCCGGAGGCUGGACAAGGAGACAUGCAAGAAGGAAGGAAUAUUUUUUGAUGCUGCAGAAGACUUGACCACUGAAUCAACAGAUGAUGAGGCCUUUGAGGAUGAGAUGACAAAUGAGGACUUUGUGAGGGAAAUACUUGAAGAAAUCAUCCUCAAGGCUGUUUCCACUGCUCAGUCGGAUGGUUUCUUGAAGCCUGAAGCUGAACGUACUAUCAGCUUAACUUCCAAAGAUGGUAGUAUUUUAGGGGACCAUGACUUGCUGAAUGCCAUCGGCAAAAGAGGUCUUGAGAUCGACUCGCUUUCCAGCAGUGAAAAUGACCUCCGACCUGUUCAGGAAGAUGAGGAUGAACGGUCCACAGACAUACACACACUCCACAUGCAUAUUCUGCUCUAUACACAGAAAUAUGACUACAAGAGGGCGCUGUAUGCCCUCUCCACAAUCAAAGCCAUGUUGACAAUGUGUCCGCGACUUGUGGUAACAGCUAUGUCCACCACGAGCAUCAGUGCCAUCCGAGCUCCUCACAUGGCUAAGAUACAGACUUUACUCGCCCGACACAGGAAGUCAGUGUUUGGGAAGAAUUUCUUCGGGGAGCUUCCUCCUGAAGUUCUAUCUGGUUACCGUAGCAACAUGUUUAUCGAGAUAGUUAUCUCUCUGUGUCUGUAUUAUGUGAGAAGUUAUUAUCCAAACCUUAUGAUCAGUAAACCGUCAUCAGAAGAGUUGCUAGGCAACAAAGAGGUGCAUAUUAUGGCGACGGAGAUUUUAACAUUGUUGAUGUCCGAACUUGUCAGUAUUAUGAGAGAUAGUGGGAAGAGUUUCCGUUCCUACAUUGGAGACUUGCUGUCCAAGUGCAAACUUCAGAAAGCUUUGCUUCAUUGUCUGCUAGCCAGUGUGUACAACAACAGGAAAAAGAAUCCUGAAAACAAGACCAAAAUCACCGAGGCGAUCAUCGCGUUCAACGAAGAAGCCCUUGACCCAUGUGCUAACGAAACAUUCCAGAUUAAAUUGCUCAACCUGAUUCUCGUCAUGAUCAUGCUGGAGGAACAGAUUUAUGGAACAUAUUCCGACCCUGAAGUAUCCAAUCAGAAUGCAGCAUCUGACUGGGACCGAACAAGAGUGAACUUUCAUGCAUCCCUCCUGAAGGUCCAUUACUUAGCAUCCUCACCAGUAGUGCAACAGACAAUGUUUUUAUCUGGUGUUCUGAGCACGCUUAAACAGCAUCAUAUGUGCCAUAUGCAUCGACACUGGGUUGCCAUGGUAACAUCAGCACUACCAUAUAUGGGGAAAGCAUUGUCCAGAGUGGUUCUGUGUAUUGUGUCUCAACUCUGUCGGAACCUUGAAGUCAUUGCUGGAGAAUAUGUCAUGAACAGUAAGAAAAGCUCGGCCCUGCUUCAGCUGGCCCCUCCUGACCACACAGUGACCAUGUUGGAGGGACUGACCACCCUGUGUCACUACUGUCUGCUAGACAAUGUUUCCCCGAUGUCCAUCGGCCAGCCCGCACCCACAGCUAGCCUCAUCAGCACAGAGACGGCCAGUGCUGGACAUAUACUCACCAACCUCAUCCACGUUUUCAACCCCAUCAAUAGCAGUAGGGAGACGAGUCCGCAGCGAGAUGACUCUCCCAGCAACCCUGUGCUGGAGGCACGGAGGACCCUGCUGAGCAUCCUCCCCCGCAUCAUGGCCUGCAUGUCCACCCUGUGGAGGGCCAUCAACACGGUCAAGGUGCCAGAGGCCAAGGCUCUCACCAAGGAAGGCUUCCUCGCUCUCGGUUUCCCCAAGGUGAUUCGGCAGCAGGUGCUUGAGUUCCUCAGCCCCAUCUCUGUCCCCCAUGGCACCAACCUCCUGGGGGCGUUCGCUGUGGCCUGGAACGACAGGAGGAAGAAGACAACUGGCGUUGCAAAGAGGGUGAUCCCCCAGCCAUGUGAAGACCAGUUGUUGCUGGUGGAGCUUGUUGCAGCUAUCAAAGUCCUCCCUACAGACACACUCAUCCAGACCGUGAAGCAGGUGCUCAAACAGCCCCCUCCUGCCGAACUGGGACAGGGCAAGAAGGUGGUUCCCCUGGAGGUGAACAUGCUGCAGUUCUUUUAUGCCUACAUCCAGCAAACUGGUCCAACACAGCUUCUGGACUCCUGGCCCUCCCUACUGGGGCUGUUCAGAGAGGGGCUACAGCUUAACCUGGUUCCUCCGGGGCAGUUCCUGCUGCUUGAGAUCCUGAAUGAGUUUGUACAGAAGACCCCGACGAUGGAGGAGAAGAAGAACCAGAAGGAUCUGCAGGAGAUCACACAGAAGGUUCUGGAAGCCGUGGGAACAAUUGCUGGGUCAUCACUGGAGCAGACGACAUGGUUGAGGCGGAAUCUGGCUGUGAAGCCAGGACCUCAGGCAGACAUUACAGAGGCUGAGGACGGGGAAGUGACUGAGGAGAGUGAUGUGGAGGCAAUUGUAGCAGAGCGGAAGGUCGUGGAGAGCCAGCUGAACCAGGACCGAGAUGCCAAGUACAGCGUGCAGGCUCUCUCAAUCUUGGCUGAGCUGACUGCUGCACUGUUGGAUGUCGUGUAUGGCAGUGACGAGAAGGACAAGGUGGCCCCCUUCCUCAUCACGACACUCACCAACGUGUUCCCCUACCUCCGUAACCACAGCUGCCACAACCUGCCGAGCUUCCGAGCGUGUUCGCAGAUCCUGGCCAACAUCAGCGGCUACCAGUACACCCGCAAGGCCUGGAGGAAGGAAGCCUUGGAGCUGUUGCUGGAUCUCAGCUUCUUCCAGAUGGACGUCAAGUGUAUUGGCUUCUGGAGGACUGUCAUCGACAACCUCAUGACGCAUGACAAAACCACGUUUAAAGAUCUCAUGGGACGUGUGGCGAUGACCCAGAGUGGAUCUCUGAACCUGUUCAGCAGCAAGGAACAGGAGUAUGAGCAGCGAGCUCAGAUGUUGAAGCGGUUGUCAUUUGCCAUCUUCUGUAGCGAUGCCGACCAGUACCAGAGAAAUAUGCCAGACAUACAGGAACGUCUAGCAGAGAGUCUGCGACUGACCCAGGUGCCGACCGUGAUGACCCAGGUCUUCCUGUGUUUCCGGGUCCUCAUCCUCAGGAUGUCACACCAGCAUCUGACGUCUCUCUGGCCGACAAUCAUCACAGAAAUGGUGCACGUGUUCCUCCAGAUAGAGCAGGAACUGUCCACAGAUUCGGAUGAAUUCAAUAACUAUAUUCGGGCCUGCUCCAGGACCCAGCUCCAGCGUAUUGCAGCUCUGGACUCCAGUUGGGCACAUCUCGGCAACGGCCUGAACGCCCACAACAACCCUGCCUGGUUACAACUGUACCUCAGUGUCUGCAAGCUCCUCGACCUGUGUCUGGCCCUGCCUGCAGACACUGUGCCGCAGUUCCAGUUGUACCGAUGGGCGUUUAUUGGAGCAGCUGGAGGUGAAGAGAAGGAGGUGAUCAAGGACAAGCGUGUACAACGUCCUUGCUUUGUGCCACAUAUUGUCCGGCUCUCCAAACUUCUCAACACCAGGCUUUCUGGGAACAAUCCCAUACUGAAGCAGGUACCAGGUCGACCUCUCUUGACCUUCACUGUCCUGCGCUCAUUGGUUGAACUCCAACCAUUCUUCAACACACUCUGCAACAUCAACAAUUCAGGAGCAGACCAUUCAAGAAGCAGCCAGUCACGUAGCAGGACGCUGCCGAAGUCAAAAUCUGCUCCAGUCAGUGUUUUGGAGGACUCUACAGGUCUACCCAUCCCAGAACUGCCUUCCACAGUUCAUCCCAAAUCAAACAAACAGUUCAUUGAGGAGCUGGUUGAAAGGGACUUCUUGGAAUUUUUAUCUCAGUGAUUACGUGUACCAAGAUUUUCAGAGAAUCUUCGAAUUUGAUCACUACUGACAUAGCACCAAGGUAUUCAGACAAUCUUUUCCUUUGACACAGACUGAGACCCAUGUGGAUAAAGUUCCCUGUUAGCUAAAUUUGGUCUUGUGUUCUGCAUAACAAAGACAAGUUACGCUUGUAUUCUAAAUGGUUUUGGGCACAGACAAAUGUUCAUCAUUUGGUUUGGAAAAUACACAUGAUCAUAAUGUGUUACAGCUACACCAAACUGAUACGGUUAAUACUUAGAAAUUAUAUUCAUAUUUGUAUAAGUUUUAUGUUUUCCAUCUUGCCAUAAGGACAUGGACUGAGUUGAUGUAUUGUCCAUGGUGGUCACCUGUACUUUCUGUGUGAACAAUCAGUGAUAUACAGAAGAAUGAUUGUCACUCAAAUAAUAUUCUAUAAACUUUAGGGUUUAUUUUUAAUCAGAAAUUUCUGGUGUAUUGCCAUGUACAUUAAUCAUGUUGCCAAUAACAAGUAUUAAAUUGGUCAAUCUUGUCAAAUAGAAUUCAGAAUAUACAAAUAUUUUUAUACCUAGUCGUGGAUCUAUCAUAUAAAGAACCACUCAAAGACAAACGCUCUGUUCAAUAUUCCUAUUGAUAUGUAAGACUGAGUCGGUGUAAGGAUAUAUUUUAUCAGGGCACUAUCAUGCCUGUCACCUCUCAUGGACUUGGUACAAAAAUCACAUCAUGCUUUCACAAUCAGAAGUUUCAGCCUUCAUAUCUACUUCUUGGCUUCAGGUGAUGUUACUGGUUGGAUAAUGACUUGGUAUAUCAUCCCAUGACCUUACUUUACUGUGGAAAGUCAAGGCGACCUUAAUGUCCAAAGUCAAGGCGACCUUACUGUGCAAAGUCAAAGUGACCUUUCUGUGCAAAGUCAAGGCGGCCUUUCUGUGCAAAGUCCCACUUUGCCAUGUUCUAGUGUUGAAAUCCAAAUCACCCUUGAUUUGGUUGCUGGUGUAUACACAAACUGUCAUCGACAUCCAUACAUAUAAAUAUCGAUGACUUUGACACAAGCUACAAUUUGGUGCAAGUAUUACAGUGGAUGUGUACAUGAUAAUUCAUUCCCCCUUUAAACGUUUCUGGGUUGGAAAAAUGUAUACUAGGUGUACAAUAUCCCCUGCCAGGUGUGGUAUAGCUGAUGUUGGUUACAUCUCACAGAAGGAACCAAUAGGUGUACUGUUCCAGCGGAAGAUUUACCAAGAUGAUGAAUCUUCUGUUACACCCAUGCUGCUUGAAACUCCCUUAUCUGAUCAAAUAUCACAUGUGCAUUUUGCCUGACAUCAAACUGAUGAUGGGGUCAGUCAGUUUUCUUAGCUCCUGCUUGAGAUCUCUUCAGUUUUAUACCUUCAUACCAAAUCUAAACAUUUGGGGGAUGAUAUAUACAGCUCAAAAGAUGUUAAGAAACUCCUGAUGCUUUUUCUUGUAUAUCUGAAAGAAUUGGAUGUUUGUUAACUUCUAUGGAGUAGAAUGUAUGUGGUUAAAGAACACCUUCUUUCAUAUGUGAGGACAUUGAGGUGAUCAACCUUUCAUAUUUUCUCAUUGAGAUUGACCUUUCCCAUUUUCUCUUUGAGUGUACAUCAACUAUCAGAGAGGGAUGGACAUGUAUAUAGUGGGUUUGUGUUAGAGCACAGUUUAAAGUCCACAAAAUCUUGAAAUCCUGUUAGUAACAAUAUUUCCCAUAUACCAUAUGUAUAUCAAGUAUUCCUGUUGGUUGUGCAAUGUAGAUGGAAGAAGGUAUUUGUAUGUAUUGUAAAUAGCAGAUGUUGCCAUGUCUUCCUCACACCAAUCACUCGGAGUGUACUUCAGUGUAUGUUUAGGAAAUGACAGAUUUUGAUGCCGACGUGAGCUCAUCUUCAAUAUGUUUAUAAAAUAUUGUUCCUUC